CGUGCUUCCAGGUCGGUCCACGCCUCGAUUCACUUCACGUACGGCAAGACACUAGCAGCAGCAGCGCGACUCGUCGAUGAGCGAGGAAUACAUGCCAUCCGUUCGACCUUUGGCUUAGAUCGGCGGCGGGGACAGUUUGCCUGCAACAUUUCUCCAGAUGCCUUCCGUCGAUGAACCAGCCGAUGCUGGCAUCGAUGACCAGCGCAAAUCUACCGUUCAUAUUCCAGAGUCGGACGCUCAACCUCUGGAACAGCAAAACGGAGCGGCAUACCCCGUCGGAGAUGACUUGGAAACAAUAUGGAGAUGGAACGAGGUCGUACCACCCCGGAUGUCGAUUUGCAUGCACGACCUCUUCUGUCAAACCGCGGAGAAGCAGCCCGAUGCCGUGGCGGUUCAGUCCUGGGACGGGAGUCUCACAUACAGCGAGCUCGACAAGUUAUCGUCCAAGCUUGCCAGACAACUGCGAAACAAAGGCGUCGAGAUUGGAACCCCGGUGCCAUUGUGCUUCGAGAAGUCCAUGUGGACGGUCGUCUCGCUUCUUGGCGUCAUGAAAGCAGGCGCAACGUUCUCCCUCACCGACCCAAGUCAGCCGGAGGCAAGGCUCCAGACAAUCGUUGAACAGACAGGCGCUCAGCUGGUCGUGACGUCUGUGCUGCAGAGCGAGCUCGGGCGGAGGAUAUGCGGAAGGGGUCAGGUUUUGGCGGUUUCACAGGAGUAUUUCGACCAUAGCCCAGACUUCCAAGACGAAGCACUCCCGCAGGUGCCCGCCGCAUCGCCCAUGUACAUCAUCUUUACGUCUGGGAGUACGGGCAAGCCCAAAGGCGUCGUCAUCUCCCACGAGAACUACACGAGCGGCGCCAUUCCCCGUGCCGAAGCUGUGGGUUACAAGAGUAGCUCCCGAGUCUUCGACUUUCCAUCGUACGCCUUCGAUGUAAGCAUCGACUGUAUGCUGUGUACAUUGGCAACUGGCGGCAGGAUCUGCGUCCCCUCGGAAUCGGACCGGAUGAACGACUUGAGCGGCGCCAUAAGAAAGAGCCAAGCCAACAUGGUACACAUGACUCCGUCCGUCGCCAGAGUCCUGGACUCGGACAUCAUACCCUCCCUAGAGGUCCUGGGCCUUGGGGGAGAAGCGGUUUCGGCGAGCGAUGCUGCCGCUUGGGGCAAAACGACGAGCCUGGUCAUUGCCUAUGGUCCGUCCGAGUGCACUGUGGGCUGCACUAUCAACAACACCGUUGGUGUUUCAACCGGUAUUGGAAAGGGGGUUGGCGGUUCAACCUGGAUAACCGAUCCGGAUAACCACGACAUCCUCAUGCCGGUUGGAGAAGUCGGCGAGCUUCUGAUCGAAGGGCCGGUGGUGGGGUUGGGCUACUUGGGCGAGCCAGAGAAGACUGCAGAAGUCUUUAUCGACAAUCCAGCAUGGUUAAGUCGUGGUCAUGGCUCGCUUUCGGGCCGCGAAGGCCGCCUCUACAAGACGGGCGACUUGGUCCGCUACGAGGCCAACGGGCUGGGAUCUAUCGAGUUCGUUGGAAGAAAAGAUCAGCAAGUGAAGCUCCGAGGACAACGUGUCGAACUGACUGAAGUUGAACACCACCUACAAAGCUGCCUCCCUGCGGGAACCAAGGUGACCGCAGAAGUCAUUAAGCCUGAGAACGGUUCGCCUACUUUGGUCGCUUUCCUUUCCGAAUCUUCAACACCAGCCACAGCGCCUUCAGGCGACUUGAUAACAGGGCCAUCUUCGGAGCUGUCCGCGGCUCUUGCCUCCAUUGACACCGCAAUGGGUGCUAGAGUACCGAGAUAUAUGGUCCCGGCAGUGUUCGUCACUCUUAGUACCAUGCCGUCGUUGGUCUCAGGCAAGACAGACCGAAAGAUGCUGCGUGAGAUUGGUGCGGCUUUGCCACGUGAGCGACUUGCUGGGGCGGGCACCGGAGAGAGCCUAGAAGAGGAUCCCCAAACAGACCAAGAAAGACUCCUCCAGCGGGCUUGGUACAAGGUGCUGGGCCAAGACACAAAGGUUUACCGCAACAGUAACUUUUUCGCCGUGGGCGGUGACUCUCUACGGGCUAUGAGACUUGUCGCAGCUGCUCGAGACGAGGGCCUCUCCAUCACCGUCGCGGACAUCUUCACAAAUCCUUCAUUGGAUAUGAUGGCAAGCCGCAGCAAGGACACAUCGGCGGCCUCUGAGGACCACAUCCCUCCAUUCUCGAUGUUGGAGCCAGACUGGGAUAUUGCCCGGGCCAAAGAAGAAGUAGCAAGCCUUUGUCAAGUCGAUCAAAACUCGGUCGAGGACAUUUACCCCUGCACGCCGUUGCAGGAGGCACUAAUGGCUCUGUCAGCCAAGGUAAAAGAAGCAUACGUGGCCCAGAGGGUUGUGGAACUCGAAGAUGCUGCGGUGGCCGAUAAGUUAAUUGUGGCAUUCGAUACUGCGCAGCAGGAUUGCCCCAUCCUUAGGACGCGAAUUGUUCAAGUCCGUGGUCGAGGGCUCGUCCAAGCUGUCAUCAAGGGGAAGCUCGAUUGCUACUAUGGAACGAAUCUGGCCGAAUAUCUCGUUGCGGACCGAGAUAACGAUAUGGACCUCGGAAAACCACUUGUUCGAUAUGCAGUCAUCAACGACAGCGUUACGGGCAAAGUCAGCUUCGUAUUGACGAUGCAUCACGCGUUAUACGACGGAUGGGCAAUGCCGCUGGUCGUCGAGCGCGUGAACAAGGCGUACCGGAACGAGACUCUGCAUCGUCCGGCAGAGUUUAAGCAUUUCAUCAAAUAUCUCAGCAGUGUCGAUAAGGCGGUUUCAGAGUCCUACUGGCGCGAACAGCUUGCCGGUGCCAAUGGCCCGCAGUUCCCAGCUGUGCCGUUUCAGGGGUACCAGACAAAGGCUGAUUCCCUUCUCGAGGUUUAUGUGCCUUUGGAAAGCCCUCCAGCGUCCAACGCCACUGUCGCAACUGUCAUCCGGGCGGCUUGGGCGUGGGUGGUCUCUCAGUACAUCAACAGCGACGAUAUCAUUUUUGGGGAGACGCUGACCGGUCGCAAUGCCCCCAUCAUCGGGGCGGAGGAGAUUGAGGGGCCCAUGAUCACGACUGUUCCUGUUCGCAUUCACGCAGACAAACAGAUUCCCGUCGCAGAAUACCUUCAAUCCAUUCAGGAGCAGACCGUGGCUCAGAUUCCGCACGAGCACUUCGGCUUGCAGCACAUUCGCAGACUUAGCCCAGACGCUUUGGAAGCGUGUGAGCUGCGUACAGGUUUGGUCUUGCAUCCCAGUACAGAGGGAGAGCCGUCACAAGACGUGGAUUUGCCUGCGAACCGACUUGUCCCGGCUGGAGAUGCCGAAGCAGCGCAGGAAGCUCUCAAGUUCAACACCUAUGCGCUGAUGCUGGUUUGCUCCAUUGACCCCAAAGGCUUCCUCGUCAUGGCCAGCUUCGACUCCAACACCGUCACUUCACACCUGAUGGAGAGGGUCCUGGACCAAUUCAAGACAGUCGUUCAGGCACUGUGCGUUGAGACAAGCGAGCGACUUGGUGCCAUCUGGGGCCUCACCGACAAAGACUACUCAGAAAUCAAGUCUCAUGUUGCCGCGACGAGGAAUGCGGCGGUCGUUCGCGAGUACGCUGGCGCAGUGGCAGCCUAUCUCGUCAACUCUCAAGUCCAAGAUCAACUUGUGCCAGUCGGUGGUGUGGGUGAGCUCAUCAUCCAUAGCACAGCUAAGCUCGACCUUCCCACUCUUUCAGACCCGUCAUGGAUAAGCAAGAUCGAGUCCAGCCAGCCCGAAGGCAAAUUCUAUAGGACAGGUAGGCUUGCCAAGUACAACGACGGUCAGCUCCAGCUCAUCAAGGCUCAUAUUCCGGACGUCAACCGCCAACAGCACGUCAAGCGGGUAUCGGCAACAUCUCGUCGCCAAAGGAAGCUGAGAAGCCUCUGGAGUCGCGUGCUGCGCAUCAAUGAGGAGGAUAUCGGCCUCAACGACAACUUCUUCCUCCUAGGUGGCGACUCCAUCACAGCCAUGAAGCUGGUUUCAGAAGCACGUUCAGAGGGUAUCAAGCUCACCGUCAUGCAAAUGUUUCAAAAGCGGUCUCUAUACGACAUGGCGAGCAUCAUGCAGGAAGACGUCGCCUCGGACGAGGCAGUUGAGGAGAUUGCCGCGUUCUCCCUGUUGAAUGUCCAAGACACUACCGAGUUCGUGGACACUGUUGUAAAGCCUCAGCUGGCGGACCCAAGUUGGAAAGUUUCCAACGUUCUGCCCACCCGACCCCUUCAACAGGUUGCCGUCAAGGGUACCACGCAGAUGCCCAAGUUCUCCACACGUUACGAGCUCAUGUACUUUGACGCCGCCGUCGACAAGUCUCGCCUCGCAAAGGCCUGCGAUGAGCUCGUCUCUCGGAACGAGAUUCUCAAGACGGUCUUUGUCGAGCAUGCCGGCCAGGGCUAUGGGGUCGUCGUGGAGGACCUGCGCGCCCCAUUCGUCGAGUACACCACUGACAUCGACGUCGAGACGUUCUCGAAACAGCUUUGCCAGCUCGACAUCCUGACUAGCACACCGCUUGGGUCGUGCUUUGUCAAGUGGUUCCUCGUCGAGUCGGCAGCUGGACAGUCGUGCCUCAUUUUCCGUAUCUCGCACGCGCAGUACGACGAGAUUUGUCUGCCGAUUCUUCUGAAGCAGCUUUCUGCGCUGUAUGAGCAUACUCCCGUCGUCCCAGCCUCAAUUCCGUUCUCGUCGUAUGUCGGCCAUGUCGUGAAUCGCAGCGUCCCCGCCAGUAUUCCGUACUGGCGCGACCUUCUCGCCGGCUCGGCCAUGACGAUCCUCAAGCCCGACAACAUCCCCGUGGAAAAGACCAAUCACUUUGCCAUCCAAAAGUCGGUCGACAUCUCGUCACGCCCCCGCGACGUGACCGUCGCGACGCUCCCCACGGCAGCGUGGGCCCUCUGCCUCGCCCGGCGCCUGGGCCUGCGGGACGUGGUGUUCGGCGAGGUCGUCAGCGGGCGCAACAUCGACUUCCCCAACGCCGACGCCGUUGUCGGCCCGUGCUGGCAGUACGUUCCCGUGCGCGUGCGCUUCGAGCCCGGCUGGACCGUCCUCGACCUUCUCGCCCACGUCCAGCACCAGCACGUCUCGUCGGCGGCGCACGAGGCCGUUGGCCUCGACGACAUCAUGGCCCGCUGCACCGACUGGGACCCCGCCACCACGCCCGACUGGUUCGACUCGGUCGUCCACCAGGACGUCGCCCACGUCGAGUCCCUGCCCUUUGCCGCCGCCAGCGGCCGCAUGGAGACGGUGUACCCCCACGAGGAGCCCCUCCGCGAGUGGAAGAUCCAGGCCUUCAUCGAUCCCGGCGGUGCCAGCAUGACGCUCGAGAUCGUCACCGUCGAGAGCUGGGCCGAGUACGCGGCCGGUCUCCUCGAUGACCUGGCCGAUGUGGCGGCCUUUUUGGUUGCUGAGCCGCACGCGCCCUUGUUUUAGGAUGUCUACGUGCCGAUGUGGCCAUGUGGUCAUGAGACGGGAAGACAGAGUACUCGUUGGACCAGAUUGUAUUUGCAGAGUAGGACAGAAACUCUCCUUGCCCAUAGAGUAGCAGCACAUUUUUCUUGUUGUUUAUCUUUGGUAGUAGUACCCGUCUUCUACAUGUUCACAUCGUCCAUGCACAAUCGCCGUGCCGUGUCUGGUGAUGGGAUCAAGACAGCUUGUUCCUCACCUCCAACGGGCAGCAUCGCCGCUGCCCGCUUGUAGUAUAUGCAUCACAUGGAC